GCAGCAAACACGUUUCAGCAUUAGCUACGAAAUACAAAACAAUUAUUGCCAAGUUUGCCAGUACGUCGAGACUUGGUGGCUCAGUUGCUUGGGCGCAGCGGACGUGUUAAGACCGGAACGGUGUUUGAACGUGUAACAACGCACGAUUGAAAUUUGCUUAUUAAUACAAGACGAGUCGAGGCAGCGCAACGCUCAACGGAACUUGUUACCUCAACCGCUGAGAGGCGCUGGAAAAGUGCAACGAAUCGGUGACAAAGAAAAAAUCGACGAUAAAACAGAAAAUCAACGGAAACGAAGUUCAAAACAUCACAUCCACAAACACAAGCAUUCAGUUUCGUGACAGCAUUCAGACUAGAAGCAGUAGCCGUUUACGGUUGUGCGACUCAAUUUGCGAUAAAUUACCGACAAUUGCUAUAAUUAACGUUAAAGAAAUUGUGCACCGAAAACUGUUAAGUAAUAGUCGAACUCUCGUCUGCUUGUUUAUUAGAUAUUACGCGACGUCACCGCGUUUCGAUUCGAUUCUUGACAAGUUCGUUAAACGCGCUUGCGAAUGUCGUUCUUUCGAAACUUCCGCGCGAAAACGCGUAGUAAGAGUACGUCUCGCGACACCACACCUGUGAAUACGAACUCACGCCCCGGCAGCGUGAUUAGCAACACAACGACGCAUACACUUGGCUCAUAUUCGGCGCGUCGUGAAUCGAUUGAUUCGCGCACUGAUUCACUGCUCAAUCGUAGCGACACCUUCAUACUGAACUCCGAUCAGGAGGAUAAGGAGGAAAGCAAACAGAAUUCGUCGAAUAGCUCAACGCUGGAGAAAAAGUCGAAAAAAUCGAAAGUUCUAAGUAAAUUUGCCACUUUUACCAAACGCAAGAAGACGCCAACGCCGGAAAAAGUCGAUUCCUUGGAGCAUCACCCGAGUGAUAAUGCCACCAACACUUACUACAAAUGGAAAGCCGAUGGUCCGACUUCGGCUCAUACAUUGGAUUAUGAUUCACAGUCGGAUCCGUUUAAUUUCCUAUACGAACAACAUUCCAGUUUAAAAGAAAUGCAACAGGGCAGUAGUAGUGGCUCCAUGCACUCAUCGCACAGCUCCAACUCCAGCCUACACAAUCAGCCUUUUGACUCGUCCACCUAUCGCAAGGGCAAAAUACCAACACAGUUAAAGGAACAAUUGUCACAGCUGAAAACACAAACCAAGCCCGACUUGCACGAAGAUGAGGAACUUACGGCUGAGCAGGAGUCCGCGGCGGAUAAAUAUAAGACAGUGACGCUCAACAGUUUUCGUAAGUCAUUUCGUGAAAAAUUUCUGUUGAAUCAACACAAUCCACCACAUAAUCCUGCCUGGUUUGUGGAGGUUGAACCGCCCAAAUGCGAAACGCUCGCGCGCUGUGAAUCCAAAGAGAACCGUCCCGACUUUCUUGUUUUCGAGAAUGAGAAUUACCGCCCCAAUUCACGUUCACCGGUACGUGAUAGCAAAGAGCGUACGCCACGCAACAACAGCCGUUCACCGGUUAAACGUAACGAGACAUUCCGCAUGGAACGACCGACAUUCGAUGCGACCAAAUGUAGUACAGAACGUCACAAGGGCAUAUCGACGCUGGUGGAGCCAUCGAUACGCAUUGAAAUUAAGAAUUCAAUAGCGCCGAAUAUGCCUUCGCGCAUGGUGCCGGUGGGCGUGGCGAAACCCAUGCUCUCGCCACACAAUACGCAGGAAAAUUAUCACAGUACAACGGCGCGCAGUAAUGCGGCGGUCACCGCCAACGCUGUACAGCCAAUUAAGCCGAAUAAAGCGGUUGGUCGUGAUAAGUCGCCGCUGCAUAACUGGGGUAAGCCGAUCACCGUCACACCGGUACGCUAUCCAACGGCCGCCAAAAGCGGCGCAACCACAACAACGACUGGCCGUUACCAAACAUUGGUGCAAAUACGCAAUGAGGCCAAUGCUAAAGCGGCGCCCACACCGAAUCAGACGCAGCGGUCACCAGUGGGCCGCAGUCGUCUAUCUACGCGCAUACAACUGGGUGGAGCUGGCGGCUCGCCCACCUUACAGAAGCGUCUCAAUACGCCCGGUACACGCCAUUCACUUGCCACACCCUUACAAACGACGACGCUCAACAGCUAUGAGCUGCUGAAAAACACGCCAGCAUUGCAAACUAAGUCCGCCGUGGAGCAACGGAAGCUGCAACAGCCAAAGCACACUUACUUUGGCGACGCGGCCCUGCAUACCGCCAACAGUAACAACAACAGUAAAAACAUUUCGACGACUACCUUUUCGAUGGGUCGCACGCCGGUUCAUUCAACUAUCGGCGGUUUCGGCGGCGCCAGCAGCUAUGCAACGUCUGCGAGUCGGCUGCAACAACCGCAAGUGCUGCGCGCAACUGGCGGCGGUACCAACUACCGAACGCAGCAGCAACAGCAACAACAACAACAACACCAGCGUGUGCUUGUGCCAACACAGAGGCGUUCGCGAUCGCCGAUCAAAAUACCAUGGCGUUGAGCGAAUCAGUGGUGAUUUAGCUGGUGGUUUUUGUACUGCGUGGGCAAGUCGGGGUUCGCUGCCUGGCUAAUGGUGGUGUGCGUGCGCGGGAGUCGUUGCGUUCUACGAUUUUUUCCAAAUAUUAUUAGCAGAUAUAUAUAUAUAUUUUUGCCAAUUUACCAUAAGAAAUUGCUGCAGCAAACCGGAAAUACUCAUUUCUCGUGCGGACGGCGCCGUGUAAAUCGGUUUCGACAACGAAAUUCACUAAAAAACUGCUAAAUGAUUAAUGCAACAAACAUAACUGUCGCUUGUUGUGCCUGAUUAACAUCUGCUUCAAAUAAUUACUUAAUACUUGAUGAUAAUAAAAAUGGACUGAAAAUCAAAAGCGCACAUUUCGAAACCAAAACGAUUGUGUUGAGGCACCAAGUUAUUAAAAACAAUAAACAACAACACAAAAUUCCAAAAUCCCAAUUUAAAAUAUUAAUAUGAUUGUAUAUAUAAAAAUGAAAAAUUAAUGACCGCGUACAAUUAAGCGGCACUUAUUUAACUAAAUUCAUAUUUUUAUACACUCACAUGCAUCCAAAACUGUACAUAUGUGUAUGUAUGUAUGUACUUGCAUGCAAAAACGAAUGAAAAUUGCUCAAUAAUUCAAUAAUAAUGAGUAUACUGAAAAUGAAA